AUGUCACCAAUUCUUAAUCCCUCAUUCACCAUCCCAAAGGGAUCUACCAUUCUAGUCACUGGUGUAAACGGUUUCAUCGGCUCCCACGUCGCCAACGAAUUUCUACAACGCGGAUACCAAGUCCGAGGAACAGCCCGCGAUGCUACCAAGGCGGCAUGGAUAAAAGACUUGUUCCAUCAGCAGUACAGCAAAGAUAACUUCUCACUCUGGUCAAUCGCUGAUUUGAGUUCUCCUCAUGCUUUUGACAAAGCAAUAAGAGGCGUUGCAGCAGUAGUUCACGUCGCUUCCCCAUUAGGCCUCAACUCCGGCACCGGGACCAUGAUACCCGACGCCAUCGCUAGUGCCCUGAACGCUCUGAAAGCAGCUAACGAUGAGCCAAGUGUGAAGCGCUUUGUGUACACCAGCUCUUCAACCGCGGCAGUCUUUCCCGAAGCAGAAGUGCCGGUUAUAGUGGACUCGAAUACCUGGAACGAUAAGGCACUUGUAAUCCUACAGAACUCAGCCUCGGCACCUGAAUGGUAUGUUGCGUAUGCCGCUAGCAAGGUUGAGGCGGAGCGAGCCGUUUGGGGCUUUUAUCAUAACGAUAUGACGCGUCGUUCAGAUCUGGUGGUCAACACAGUACUUCCUAGCACAAACUUUGGCAAGAGCUUGGAUUGGAAGCAUCAGGGAUACCCUUCAACAUCAGGAUUCAUCAGGACACUAUGGAGUGGCACUGCUCUCGAGUCACUGACCAAUGCGUCACCUCAAUAUUUUAUCGAUGUUCAAGAUGAUGCGAAGCUUCACGUUGCGGCCACUUUGUUGCCAGAUGUACAAGGGGAAAGGAUCUUCCCUUGGGCAGAAACAUGGAACCUAGACCAAAUCUUAGCUAUUCUACGGGCGCAGAACCCUGACAGGACUUUUGUCAAAGACUUUCAGGCCAUGCGUUAUCUAGCAGAUAUCGAAUAG